CAGUGAUGUGCAUUGCAAAUGGCCGCUCUUGUUAUUGUUCCGUAGUCCCCGUAGCGUUUCGCGAUUUAACACGAUAAUAAACCCCCGAGUUGCCGAAAUCCCGUCGUCGCCCCAUACGGAUACUCAUCAGUCGCGUUCGUUGUUCGCCGCAUCCCGUUUUUGAAUCGUUUGCGUCGCGUACCACGUUCAUUCGUCCGCCUAAACUUUAUUUGUUACCCGCGAACGUAGCGGCGUUCCUCUUGUGCGUGUGUGUGUACUGUGCGCGAUACUGCGAGUCUGUGUGUGUGUGUGUGUGUGUGUGUAAGCGCGAAAAGUGUUCGAUGUGCUACACCGAACGUUGGAUUACACCAUUUCGGCCAGGAAUAUGUACGUAACUCGGGUAAGACGGCUUUUGUCAAACUUUUAGCCCGUUUGGGCGUUUUUGGGUCUUGUCCGAACGUGUCGGACGCGGCGGCAGCGACGGUGUGUGCACGUCCUCCGCUCCCCGCGCCUUCGCAAAAUGGUGGUCGGGAUCCCCUCGCCAAACAGUUACGGAAUGGUGACGGAUGUUUGUCCGCCAAUUUUCGUAGGCCUUUAUUCUAUCGGGAAGUGGUCGAAUAAUCAACGACUACCUAUCCAGACGUCCACACAACGAGCGCCCCUGCCUGCCCGCCACCCUUGACCCACGGUGUUAUUAUUAUUAUUAUUGUGGUCGUGCUUGUCUUUCCCGCGGGUGGAAGGGUGCAAGUUUUUUUUGAUUUUCGAUAAGAUAUCUGGUACCUAGUUUUUAUUGUUCAUUUUUCUCGGUUUAUUUUCGACUAUCGGCCGUGGCAAACGUGCGGAUACUGUUACUACGCGUUUUUUUUUCGUCUGGCGAAUUUGACGCGUUUGUCAACACCCAGCAGUACAAAUUUACCUUGUCAAAAUAAUAACAACACCAAAAUAUCGCCAUCAUAGACAUUCCUAACAGUACAUAUAGUACUACAUUAAUUCGUCGAACAUCGUGUUAUGGCGUUCUGUACUUAUCUAAAAUUAUUAUAUUUUUUAAUAUCUCGAUUUUCAACCCAGGAAUAAAAUAAGACACAGAUACUUCCAGGUAAUCUGUUAAUUUAUAUUUUACAUUCCUUUUAGUUGUUUGUCGGUUUUACAAAUUAAUUUUGUAUCUAUCCAAAAGAACACUUAGAAUACUUUGGAGUGAUAGCCUUUGGAAUAUUGUUUACUUUUUUUACAAUUAAACUUAUAAUACCUAACUAUUAUAUUCUUUGGCACAUUUAUAAAUCUUUUAAUUUUAAUCAAGAUUUUAUUACCUUUACUCAAGCUCUUAAUAUUUAUUUAUUCAAAAUCCAUUAACUCAUUUUGUUGAAAACAUAUUUCCAAAUUCUUAUGGCUUUUCUGUGAACUUGAAAUAAGUGUAUGUCAAAUUUCAUUGCUUGGUUCUUGAUUUAAAUGCAAAAUUCAGUUUUACAUUACCUAUCUAAUAAUUUAGAAUUUCAUCUAUAGGCAUUUUGUGUAAUCAAUCAAUUCCAGUUUCACUUACUCGAUUGUAUAUCUUAAAAUAGAAAAUAAUUUGAUUUUAUAAUUCUAAGUAGCUCAAAUACAUUUUUUUAAAUAUUUUAUACAUAUUUCUUAUUUACUUUAUGUAUACCUAUGAAAUUUGCAUAUUUAAAUUUGUUAUAAUUUAAAUGAAUUAAUUAUCUAUUAAUUCUGAUAAGGUACAAAUUAUCAGACUAAUAUAUUUUUAAAUUUUAUUCAGACAUAAUAGAUAUACAUACCUAUUAAAGACAACAAUACAUUUAGGUACCUAUUUUAUUAGAUGUAUAUUAUUAUGUACACUUAUUUAAUUACCUGUAUAUUAUAUCUAAAUCAAUUCUGAGACCUAAGUAUAUUUCUAAUAUAGAUGUAAGUAAUGUUAAAUAUAUAUUCCUAAUUUUGUUUUUCAAGAUUUUGUUGUGGUAUUUAAAUUUAAUAAUUGAGCAAUAGGUAAAUAUAAAAAAAACAUUUGACUUGUUGAUUGAUAAAAAAAUUUUUAAUUGUAUUUUUAAGGCUAAACAAGUAAUUGGAUUUACACCCAAUUUGUAAAAGCAUGGAAGUUCUGGUUAUGGUAAGUUAAUUUAAAUGAUUAAAUCUAUGUCACAAAGUACCUUUUUUUUAGAUUUGUUUUUUAAAUCGAUAGUACUUUUAAUAAUAAAAAUUUAAUGCACAUUAUAAAUUGGCAAAAUUUUUGUCAAACACUUGGUUAGAAAGUUAUAGACAUUUAAAGGUUGUAUGUUGUUUUAUAUUUUAAAAUAAAGAACAGGCUGGUAGCCUGAUGGUUAAAACUUCAAAGAAGAAUUGAAAAUCAUAGUAAUCAAAAGAAUACAAAAAGAUAAAGUUAAGACGAAGAUAAGAUUUAACAUAAGCAAUUUGCUUCAAUUUUUUAAGGGGCUGAUUAGUAGCAUAGAUAGUCGAACAUACUGGGAUAGGGUUUACGCAAAGAAAAUUAAGGUAUUUCAAAGUCAGCAAACUAAAGGAGGUAUGGAGUAACUUAUUUAGAAAAUCUAAAUUUACUUGAAUUUUUCUGUCAACUAGCAAAAACAACUGUAGGAAAGCAAGAGUGGGGGGAUAAUAUCUCAGAGGUGCCCUCAUUUCAAUCUAUAUCCAGCAAAGAACAAAAACCUUCUGGUCAUAUUGUUUAGUGUGCUUGCGCUUAUAUCAGUAUUUCAUGCAUCCUUUAAUAUCUUUAACUUCUAAACUAAGUCUGUCAGACUACUUAAACAUUUUUGGAAAUUUUUAAUUAGUAUUUAAAAUAUUAUUAAUUGAAAAAAUAAUCAAAAAAUAAGGUACCCGGUGAAGUAGCUUUAUACUAAUUUAAAUAUAAAAUCAUAUAUUUGAACAAUUUAUUGAUGAAUAAUCAUUAUUUCAGUGAAAUGGCCGCAAACAGCGAUGGUACUACCCAGCUGGUUACAACCAUUGUCACGUGUGAAGGGGACCUGAAUGACCCUCAAUUUGACCAAAAGUUUAAUAAGAUUGUAAAGGAUCUGAAUAAACUUCUAUUUCAAGGUAAAUUUUCUACUACACAUUUAUAUUUACAAGCCUAUGAUAACUUAUUAAGUUUAAUGUUUUUGUUUUUUUUUUUUUUUUUUUGUUUCUUUUUUUUUAUUAGGAACUAUACAAGCACCUGUAGAUUAUUUUAAAAACCCAUAGCAUGCAAUGUAGACUAGACAUGAAUGGUACUUACUUUAAAUAAAUAAUAUUUCAAAAUAAUAACAUGCUAUAUUUUUGGUUUUUCGAAAAUAUACUAAUUUAGUUUUUAUUAUUUUAUUAAUUACCUUUUUGUAGGUUCUGCUGAAGAGAAAGGGAUUUAUGUAAACAAACUUGAGCCAUGGAAUUCUGUAAGGGUCACUAUUACUGUGCCAAGAGAAGCUGCUUCAAAGCUUCAACAGUUGGCACAACAAGGGGAUGCAGCUCUUUCCAGGCUCGGAAUUCUGUCUGUUCAAGUCGAGGGCGAUCAGGUUUGUUAUUUAAAAAAUGUAUGCUGUAAUUUAUUCUAUAAAAUAUUUUGUGUUUAGAUGAUUUCCUUAAAAUUUGUUGGCAAUCGGUUUGGUGGAGAAAGCCAAGAACUAGUGUUGAGAACGGCAGGUCCAUCAAAUGCCAAUCAACAAACUACUUCAGACGAAACCGCUGCUGUAAAUUCAUUGAUCAAAGCUAUGGCUUCAGCAACGUCUGUUUUACAGUCUCCAUCACCUCAAUUGUCGACGCCUCAGUUCAAAAGCCCCAACGUGGUGGCUGUCGAUUCUACUCCAUUGCCUCCGAUACCCCCUUUGCCCUCUACGGCAGAACCAUCCCCACGACCCCACAUAUGGCCGUUUGUAAGCAUGAACCAAGCUGCUCAGACCAUACACAACCGAGAGUCCAUGCAUACAGCUCCUCCUCCUCCACCACCAUAUCCAGGAUCUCAAAAUGGAGUGUAUAAAACCCAAAGAUCGGGGGAUGCAAAUGCAUCUGUGCACUCAAGUCCAUUGUUGGUUAAUUUGCUACAAAAUGAAGGCGCUGGAAAAAUGCCCCCACCAAUGGACAAACACAAGAAGCCAUUAAUACCUUCUCCAAAUGUGGUGAAAAAUCAAGAUGGUUUUUCUGGUUCAGAGUUUACCCAAUCUGCGUUUGCCAAUGUUGCAUCAGACAUACAAGUUGUUCAAAGGCUACAGAAGCUACCAGAUUCAGUUACCAACAGUACUCAGAAUCGAGUAGAUUCCAUCGGAUCUCCUAAUGGACCAACUUCUAGGUUGGUCAACAAACACAUUGUGCCUUCCCAAGAGCUUUCGCAGGCUUCAAAGAUUAUUGGUUCUCCAAAUGUACAAACUUCAUAUGCUGUGAGGCACGCCUUCUUGUCAAGCUCACAAAUAACUCAAAACCGUUUACAAAAUGUUCCCCAAAAUGUCACUGUCACUACUACCAAUCAAUUAAAAGUAAAUCAAGGUUAUAUUAAUCAAAUUAGACAAGGCCCAAAUCAGCUAAUGGCUAAGACAAAUUUAACUCAACAAUUCAGCCAGCCUCAACUUAGGUUACAGGCAGCACAAUAUAGCUCAGUAGGAUCACAAAAACCUACUCAGACCAAUGCCAUAUUGCAACAAAGGACCGACUUAAUGUCUGCUCAAAUGACCAAUAUGGGUAAUCAUGAUUCUACCCUAAUACAUAAAGGUCAAUCAGUUACAAAUCAGAAUCAAUCCCAAAAUAUCACUUCCAUUAAUUCAUUCCAUUCUGUGUCUAAUAAUAAUCAGAUAAUGAAUGUUUCUCAAAUCCCUUGUACAUAUAAUGAAACGUCCCAACAAAAUUAUAAUAAUCAUAUACAGGGUACUAAUCAGGCGUUAACUACUACUGUAAAUAAAAAACCUGAUAUAUCAUCUAAUGAAAACGGUUUACAACAAAGGUUAAUUAAUACUUCAAAACCUUCUGAAUAUGCAUCUAAAGAUUGUAAAAAAAGUGUGGUAACUAGUCAGUCGAUAAAAUCUCCACCUUUAACUUCUUCUGGUAAGCAGCGACAGUUUCUUAUAAAUCCUUUGACUGGAGAUAUGGAACCUAUGUCAAGUGACAGUAGUUCAGAAAGUGAUACAGAAGAAAAACUUAAAACUUUACCAACAGUAGAUGACAGUUUUUAUAAUUUUUCUUCUCCUAUUACUAAUGAUAGGUCUAAUUCUGUAUUUUCGGAUGAUGAUGAUACUGGUUCUCCUACCUCUCGUCGUAAUGAUACAACAACAGACCAAUCUGAUUCUGAAGCAACCGUAAGAUCAACUAAUAGUGAAGCAUCCUCUCGUCACCGAUCCAGUCCUUUACCUGCUCCUGCUGAAAAAAUAAAGUUAAGAUUGAAAAUUGAAAAGAAAGUUGAUGUUUUGACUAUUGCUAGUAAUUCUUUAUGUAAAGGAGAUAAGAGGUUUGGAAGCCCAUCUACUUCAAUGCCUGUGUCUUCUGCAGAAGGGCUUCGUGUACCACCUCUACACAUUUCUUUACGUGGAAGAAAUGCUGCUGUCGUUUCAAGAAAAGAGAAAAAAUGGAAGGACUCUGAUGAUGAAUGUAAAAAGUCAUCAAUAGGGUGUAAAGUAAAAUCGACCAUAAAUCAUUUAAAAACAAAAAGUUCAAACCAGGACUUGUUAAAAAUUUGUUCUAAACAAAUUAAGUUAGAAAAUACCGAAGAAGACGAUUCCAGAGUAAAAUUAAAAAGAAUUGAAGAAAUUGAAGAGCCUGUAUCUUCAUCAGUAGAUUCAAAUGAACCCACUAGUAGUUACAAUCCUGUUUUACCUCCUGGCAGAAUAUAUCCGACUGAAGCUGAAGUGGCCUCAAUUUUAAGAUCCAUGCCUAGUGAUAAACAUAACAAAAUGAGCUUGAGUUUUAAUAAAGUAAAGAAGAGAGAGUCUAAAAAAAAAUGUUUGCCAAGAGAAAGGACAGUGUCCAUUGACAGUCCUAAUUUACAUAGGAUUGUUGAAAGGAACCACUCUAAAACAAAAAUAAAUAAAAGCAAUACAGUUUCUAUGUUUAAAAAUGUUGUAAAAUCAUCUGUAGUUAAAGAAGCAAGAAUGAUCGCUGCUGCUACAUUUGGAAAUAGAAACAACUUUCAUGACAAACAACGGGCUCUGAACAAUGGACUUGACAAUGUAACUCUGCCUAGUGGAUCACAGUCAAAUAAUCAAAGAAGAACUAGUAUAGACAUACCUUUCUCAGGUAAUACAAACUUUUUUUUUAAUGAAUAACAAUUUAGUAACGAUAUUUAAUUUGUUUAGGUACGCAUACAUUGAAUUCUUCGAUUCCAAAAUUGAAUAGGCCUCUAAGUAGCCAGUCUCAAGAUACAUAUCUACCGUCUAGCCAUUUUUCCAACCAUAUUUUACCUGGUCAAAAAUUACAGGGGCCUAAUACUUUUCACAAAGACAUGAAUAAAAAACCAUUAAAUAUAGUCAGUCGAAAGGUAACUAAUUCAAAAAGUAAAGAUAGUAGAAAUUCUAAACUCGAAAGUGGAGUGAAACGGAAAGAUUUUCAAUUAACUACAAAACGUAAUGAUCAUUUUGUACAAAAAUUUGAUAUUGAUAAACCUUCUAGUUGUGUAACUGUUGGUUGUGUUCAAGUAGAAAAACGUGAUGAACAUUUAUCAUUGCCGAUGACUGAUAUUGAUGUAUCUGAAAAAAAUGUAAAACAAAGGUUACUUGAAGAUACUGUGCCGCAAAUAAGAAAUAUUAUGAGAAUGGAAACCCCGAUAAUUGAAGAUAUCAAAUGUGAAAGAGUUCAAACAGAUGCUAAAAAUAUGAAUGGAAAUGAAAGUCCUGCUGGUCACAGUAAUACUCAAGGUGAAGACUCUGGUAUUGAGUCUAUGGAUGCAUUGUCAGAAAAAAGUCCAAAUCAAGGGGAAAGUCCUUGUCGAAAAGAUGAUCAAACUGGUCAAAAACCUACUGUACCAAUAAAACAAGAAGAAACUAAAUUGCCAAUUACAUCUGUAGACCAACAGAAUAUGGCAGAUUCUCCAGAUUUAGAUGAUAUACAACCUUUUCGAGUAACACCAGCUUUGUAUACGUAUUCUAAUCCUGAAAAACUUAGAGAUGAUUCACCUCCUGUUUCGCCAAAAUUGGAUAUUGAAGAUAUUCUAGAUCCAAUAGAAUCACACAUGGUUUCUUCAACAGAAACUGAUGGAGAUUUACCCUCUGUCAAGCUAAAGAAGAGGAAACGUAUGGAUUCUGAAGACAGUAAGACUGAUAGUGAAGCUCCUGUGGCCAAAAAACCAAGUAAGUCUAAAAUGUAGAAAUAAAUAACAUUUAUUUACCAUAUUUGUAACAUUAUCAUGUAUCCAUUUCAUUAAUCUGUUUCCAUAUUUAUAAUUAGGACUCAUAGUUUUCAUAUUUUUUUUCUGGUUGAUUGUAUUGUUAAUGUUAGAUAGGUAAGCAAAAAUAAGUUUUGUAAUCAUAGUAAACACAUUCGUUAAGUACAUAUGAUUAGUAUACUUAUCAUUUAACUAUCAUACUUGUUUUACAGAUAUUUUAAUAAUAAAAUGUGAUAUUCUGAGCAAAAUAUCUUUAUUCUUGUAAGCUUCUCAACUUCUAAUUUUACAGCAAUUUGCUAUAAGUAAUUUAAAUGUAUGUUACAGUAAAGAUGUAAUUAAAAAAAAUUCUCAUGUUGGUAAUCUGAACAUCAAGUUGCAACAACAAAAUUCCUACAAGCGCCAACAUUUUAAUAUCACAAUUACUUUUUAAAUGUAUUAAUUUAACAUAGUUUUCAAUUUAUAAGAAGACAAAUAUGCCUGAAUCCCAUCCUAUACAAUAUAGUGUUGAAUAAUACAAAUUAACCAACAUGUUUAUACUAUAGACUAUAGUCAUACUAAUAAUAAUUUAAUAAUAUUGUUUUUUUUAAAUUGUAAUUAUUAAUUCAAUAUUAAAUCUAAACAAAAUAUUUGAGAUAUUUGUAUUUGCUCAGAAUAAAAACAAAUUAUUCACUUAAGUAUAAUAAUUUUAUUUUUCAGUAUUUUUAUUGUUGUAGGGCCGUUACACACAUCAAUCUUUUAUUGUAUAAUUCAUUUAUCGCAUGUUACAGUUUAAUGUUUGAAAUAACAUGGUUAUAUAUAGUGCUGUUCAUAUGAUCACAAUUAAAAAAUACAUAUAUUUUCUGGUAACAAUUUUUUAGUAAACUAAAAAAUAAAUUUAGUACAGUUUUAUUUUCCAAUGAUUAUAACUGCUCAAAUUUGAACUGCAUAAUAAUACUCAAAUAAACUGAAUAACACAAUGUUAUUGUUUGAUUGGAUAUCAGUCAUGUGGCCUGUCAACCAACACUAUCAUACAAUAAAUAAAUUUUACAAUGAAAUAUUGCUUGUGUGUAUCAGCGCUUAGAGCUAUCCUCUACCAUUUAUACUUUUCUAUUUAAUUAAACUGUUCAUUAUAUAUACAUAAACAGUAGGAUCUGCUUAAUGGGGAUACAUAGGGCUGUAAUCUAUUUGUCCUCAUUGUCCGACUGUCCCUAUUAGCUGAAAACCGGAACAUCUUGGCUUUGCAGAUUUUCCGAUUGUCAACAGCUUUUUUUUUUUUUUAUCUGUGCCUACCAUAUUACAACAUAAAACUGUUAUACAACCAUAACACAGCUUUUUUUGAUUUUUCAAGUAUUUCAUGUUUAUAGCACAAUAAACCAAGUUAAUAUGUUAAUACACCCAUCUGAAAGUAUAGACAGGUAUACUAUAGAAUGUGAACUACCGCCGAUGAUAGUAAUUGAUGAAGUAAUUUUGUACGUAGGCCAGUUGACACUUAUUUUUGAGAAAUAUAUGAAUAGUAGGAGAAAAAAAAUGAUAAACAAAAAUAAAAUUUCUAAAAUUUAAAAUUUAAUAGAUACUAAGAUUAGAUAAUUACAGUUUCAAUAAGAAAACGAAUACAUUCGUUUAGGAUUUGGCCAAUGUUUUUCUAUUAAGCGAAAUCUACUGUAUAUGUAUGUAUAUUUAAAAAAAAAAAACAAAUUAAACACUAAUACAAAUUAAAAAAUGAGCCUAUUAAAAACUUUUAAAUUAAAACCGGUCUUAAUUACUCUAGAUUGUUUUUUCAUAGUAUUUUUAUAAUUUGUUUUAUAUUUCAUAUAAUAUUAUAGCUGGCUUCUUUAUCCGUGUACGAUAUUGAAUUAAAAAAGGCUGCUAUAUUUAGCACCAUGGGUGGACAACUAUUGUAUGUGAUAAGUUAGGUAGAUAGUAUGUAGAGGGAAAUUUAAUUUAUAUCUGUACACAACAAUUGAACCGUUAGUAACGAAAAAUAAUUUAAAGCGAUGUUUCUUUUAUACAUAUAUUUUAUUUUUAAUAACACGAGCAUUUGCCCUUUAGUUUACAUAUAUCAUUUGUACAUUUAAUAAAAUAUGUUAUUUAGAUAAUAUAAAUUAACUUAAUUAUUUACCAAAGGUGGAGCCUAAUAGGAUUGUUUUUUAAAUAAUUUGUGGAGAAAUGAGAAAUAUAGAAGGAAAUGGUGGUUCUUGUUGCUCGCUGGGGUACCAUAAAACCUAAAAGUGACAAUUUAUCAGGUGAAUUAAUAUUGCCAUCCAAUAGACCACUUAUAAAUUUAAUUUCAGCAAUAUAUAUGUAAAUUUUCUCAAUAACUAAAAACUGUUUGGAAAAUCAAAAAAUGACUUCCUUAAAGUACUACCUAGAUAAAAUUUCUCUUCAAAAAGUUAAUAUUAAAAAUGUUUGUAAGAUAUCUAGUAGUAAAAAAAUAAACAAUACAUUCCUCAAUACGUUCCAAAUUUAAAAUUUAAAAUUGUCCUGUUUUUAUUUGGUUUCAUCUUGAGCCUCAACGAUUAUCCUCUUGCACAAUUAGGGUCAUUCUCACCAACGAAAAAAAAAAUGUUCAUUAUCUUAUAAACUCAGUUUAAAAAUCAACAUUUACAUUUGUAAGAACAGGUCUAAAUCUUCCAAUAUCCCUGCUAGCUGCUCUGACUUUUCAGUAUGGAUCUCCAUUUAGACAUUGUACUUCUCUUUACCAUGUUAUUUUUUCUGAAAUUGGUAACAAAGAGAUUUUUUUCCUUCUAGGUUCUCUACUAUUACCUUGAAAAAUAGUGGAUUUUGAUUAUGCCUACCUUCACACUGGCUUAUUUCUAAUGUGUUUGGUUUUUAAAAGAGUUUCUCCAAUUUUUUUUUUUUAUUAUUAUUCCUCAUCAUGAGUUCCUCCUCUUUUACUGGACUAAAGAUUUUUCAUAGAAUUUUUCUCUCUCCAAAAUGAUCAGUUUCUCUUUUUCUGCAUUUUUUUCAAUGUAUAUGUUUCUGUUCCAAAUUUAAUUAUAGAAUGUAAUAGCUGAAUAUAUAAUUGUAUCUUUAUUUCUCUCAGGGAUCGUGACCUGAUUGUCUUUAUGAAUCUGAGUCAUUAAUUGUUUCCUGAUAGAAUUUUUAUUGCUAUUUUCAAAUUUCAUUUCAUUUUUAUGUUUUUUUUUUUUUCAUCAUUAAUUUCACUUUUAAGAAAGUAUACAUUCCCAUAAUAUCUCUUCUCUUCAUGGCCAUAUUAUAUUUUCUUUUAUCUUCAUUUAUUUUUAAACUCACUUUCUUCGUGAUUUCCUCCAAUCAGUAUCAUCAUGUGAUUUAUCUAUGAGGCCCAAAGUGUCAAUAUAUGCCAAAAAUGCCAUAGAAGAUUUGUGAAAUGACACUUCCUCUUAGGGCCGAUAUCAAUUUUCCUUAUAACUUUUUCUAAUGUUAGAUUAAAUAAAACAGUCGACAAAGAGGAGUUCCCUAUUGUAUGCUUCAAUUCACCAAUAUUGAUUUUAUUUGUUUUAAUACAGAUAAAAUUGUUUGACUGAUCAUAAAUGCUUGAAAGUUUAAUACGAAAUUGAUUAAAAGUUAUUCUUAAUGGUCAAAAAAAAAAAAAUAAGUUAUGUAAACCAAACGUUCAACAGAACCGAACUUCAUUCAAAAUUAUUUUUCAUUAGGUUUAUCUUGGCAUAUAGGUAUAAAUUAAAUGACUCCAUGUAUUCUAUCUUCCCAAUUUCCACCAAUCCCCAGUAUCAGCUCUUUUUACUUUUAUUUGAUUUAUAUUAAAUAGUUAACUUUAUCAUCUAUUUUAUUUUUAUUAUUUUUAUUUAUUAUAGACAUAGAAAAUGAUAUACUUGGAAAAUCUGAAAUGGCCACUUUAAAUGUCAUCUCGGAAAAUAAAUCUUUAUUGGAACAACUUUUAAUUGACAUACCAGCUGAUUCAGAUGCUUCAAAAAAAUUGUCAGUAGUUUCUACAAGAAGUACUCGUUCUCAUAGGUAUUGUAUAUUUUAAAUUAUAAUAAUAUCAGCUUAUCAUUUUCAAUGAAUAUAUUUGUAAUAUUUAAUAGAACAAAUUCUCGAAUAUCGGUACCGGUUUCAUCCUCAGGAACCCCGUCUCAACCAAGCUUACCAUCACCUACACGUCGUUCUAAUCGGAACACACAUCCCCCAAACAGGACAUGUGGUGGAAAGUCUUGUGAUAGGUCUACACCCAAUAAAACAAUUGAAAAAAAGGAAAAGACCUCAAUUUCUACACCCACCAAACUCGAUAAAACACCCCUGAGACCUCAAUCAACAGCUGUUACAAUCAACACCAGGGCUGCAAGUGCUUCCAAACAAACUGUACCAGUAACCUCACCAUCAACAGAGCCUAUAACUGCUGAAGGUGAUAAACAGACAACUAGGCGGAAAACACGGAGCACAUUGCCCAAUAGUAAGUAAGAAUUUCGAUUGUUCAUUUUAUUAUUUUAAGAUAGAUAAAGUAAAUUAGCCGGUCUUUGUUCCUAGAAUAGCAUAAAUAAUGUUAAGUAAAAUAUUCUUUUAAUAGUAAUUUACUACAAUAUAGAGGUGAAAAUUUAGAAUUAUGAUUAUUAAAAAAUCCCAUUAUUUAAUUAUAAUAGAUUAUGUAUACUGUAUGUUAUUUAAGUUCUUGUUUUUUUACUUUCAUUAGAUUUUGCAUAUCUUUAUAAAACACUCAUAAUAUAUUAUCCAUCAAAAAUAUUUUACUUAACAUUUGAAAAAAUGUAUUGAUUUUAAGAUGGUUGAAUGAAUUGUCUUCUAUCAAAUUGGAUCUAUAUUUACAAAUGAGAGUGUGUGACUGAACAAACUUCAUGAUUCAUCCAAAAAUGAAAAACAAACCCAAAAAAUGGGUCAUUGAUAUUAUUUAAAAAUAAUAUCAAAAUUAAAUUAUUUCCUAAAUGGGUUGUACUAUUAAAAUUUUGGGAAUCUCUGAAGUGGAGUAUUAAUUAAAAUACAUUUUGGUGUUGACAUUUUUUCCAUCUAUCCAUUGACAUGAUAUUCCACUUUCAUAUAUUGAUGGGAGGAUUUCUAGUGUUGCAUUUUUAAAAUGUUGCAUGCCGUGUCGCCACACAAAUGAUGCUUCACUACUCUUGCCCGACCCAACUUAAAAGUAAAAUAUCUCUUCAACAGAUUGACAGAAAUUAAUAAUUUCAACACCAAUAUAAAAAAAAUUCGCAAAAGGAAAUAAAAUACUUUAAAAAAAAAAAAACCUAAUUAUGCAAAAAUUUCAAAUAUUUAAAAUUAAUUUUUUUUUACGAUUGUAAAAUAUUAGAAGUCCUCUGCCUUAGUUCUUACAUAACUCAUAAUCACUGAUCAUAAGAAAUUAUCUUCUCUUAUAAUUAUACAGUAUAAACUACUACUAAACUGUAUAUGUAGGUGUAGGUGUUUGACUUCUCCUUUUUCUCUACUCCCCAAAACCCGCUCUAAAGAUCCCAAUUAAUCAUUUUAGCCUAAUCUUGUAACAUACAGUAUUUAAAUUACUUUUUAGUGAUGGUAAUUCAUUAGUUUUAAAGUUUUCUUUUUCAACUUUAUUCUUGAUAAUUUUAAAUAUCCAAAAAUGGUUUUAUAAGCAUGACACAAUAUAUUUAUAUCAGCAUUCUAGUUCUGUCUUAGAUCAUAUACGACCUAUUUAAUAAAAUAUCUACUCGUAUAUAACUAUGUAAAAUGUACAUCCGAAUAACCAAUAUAGGUUUUAACAAUAUUAUAAAGAAUGUGGUGCAUAUGCAGUAGCUACACACCCCUUUUGAUAUGUUGACAACAUAUUUGUUUCACAUGAGAUAUAGCUGUAGCUCUAUCUAUUGUAUAUAAUCUAAGAGUUCUGUGAAUGUUACCAUAUUUGUUUUUCAUCUAAUAUUAUCAACACAUUUAUAAUGUAUUAUAAAUUCUGUAAUAUAAGUAUACUUGAUUGUAUUAUUAUAAUGUAUAAUGACCAUCAAAAAGCAGAGAAAGGCAAUAUGGGGGGGUAUUUUGAAAACAAGUACUAUUACCGAUAUCUAUUAUCUUUUUUUUAUCAUGAUGAACUAUUUAACAUAGAAAUAAAUGUUGUAAGUAAUAUAUAUUUAUAUCAUGUUAACAUACAUGAGAAUAUUUUACAAAGUUCAUGCUUUAGUCAUCUAUUUUUGGUUGUUUUUUAAUUAUCUAUAUGAUGUAGUUAAAUGUUUGAAAAUAUUGACACAUGGGUUUAUGUAUAGUAUUAAGUUUAUGGGUUUUUUAAAUUAUAUCAUAUAUAGAUUAUAUAAGAAUAUAACAGUGUAGAUUUAAUAUUUAGUGUCUAUAAUAUAGUAUAUAAUUUUCAAACUAAAAACGAAUUAGUACAGUACAUUGUUUUUAAAGUUUUAAUAAUUUAAGAAUAAAAAAAAAAUUAGAUUGUUUCAUUACCUUAUUUAUUACCAUAAAUAUAACUAUUUUAAUAUUUUUAUUAGCGGACCCAGAGAAUAUAGCGAGACGCCGGAGAGCGUCACGUGACGGCAAAUGACAUACACAACCGGUGCCGACGCCGACGACACAUAACACUGCGUCAUCUCCGGCCAUCGUCGUCGGACCCGGGUAAUUUUUAUUAGGUUUUUUUUUUUAUGUUAUAAAAUAUUUUAUUUGCCCCCCCUUGUUCAUUAAUAUAAUAAAUAUAUGUAUUAUAUGCUUUCUGUUAGAUAUAUAUAUUUAUAUUAUAUAUUAUACAAAUUUAUUUAAUUAUAAGGGGGUGUAAUAGAAUUAUCUGUCAUUUAAUCCAACUUCUCAUAUAAUUUAUUUUAUUUUUUAUUUUAAAUUUAUUUUAUAAUUAAUAGUUAUUUGUUAUUUUUAUCAUUGCCGUCUUUAUAUAUAAACACUGUUGGUUGUUGCCUUAGAAAUAUUAUUAGAGUUCAAAAACAAUAUUAAGAUAAUAAUUAAAUUAAUUUUUAUUUACAACAAUUUGCUUAAAAUAUUAUAUAUAUUUUUCUUUUUUACGUCAAUGUUUCUUGUUAUGUAAAUACUAUAUGUAAAAUAAUGUUGGAAAUUUUGUUGCGUUUUCAAAAAUUAAAAUAAAUAAAAAAAAAAAAGUAUGUAAGUGUAAUAUAUAUAUAUAUAUAUAAACAUAUACAUAUAUAUAUAUAUAUAAUAACUCAUAAAUUUCAAAUUUACACAUGAUUUUUGUAAAAUGUGUCAUAGGUGUCUUGUGCAUUUUGUUGUCCCUUAAACAUUUUAUGUAAAUAAUUUCAUGUAAACUUAAGUUCAACAUUCUUGUAAAAUUUUAGUAAACCUUGUUACUCGUGUUUUUUUCUUUUUUUUUUUUUAAUGGGUGAAAAUAAUGUGUUUCUUCUUGAGCUUUAUUAUUAUUAUUAUUAUUAUUAUAUUAUAUGAUUAUUAUUAUUAUUAUUAUUAUUAUUAUCAUUAUUAUUAUUAUUAUUAUUUUAUUAUUAUCAUUUUAUUUUUUUUUAUAUAUAUAUAUAUAUAUACAACCUGAUCGUUAUUGACGAUUAGUGACAAUAAACUUUAAUCUAAACAAUCUUAACCGUUAAAAAGAAGUAAGUGCAAUAAUUUUUGUGUGUGUAAAUAAUAUAUCUUUUUUUUUUAUAUAUAUAUAUAUAUAUAUAUUUAUAUAUAUAUAUAUAGUGAUAAUUAUUAUGAUUAGCUACACAUUUUUAAAACAAAUUUCGUUAAAUUUUUCUUUUUCUGUCAUUGGUGCAAUUAUCACACGUACACUUCUGGCAGCUUUAUUAUACAUAUAUAUAUAAAAUAUUAUUUCAAAAAAAUGAUUUUUUGAAUUUAUUACAUUUUUUAAUUACAUAUUUUGUUUUUGCAUUACACAUUCUUAUGAUUAAAAAAAAAACUAGUAAAUAAAAAAUUUGUAAUUGUUUAAUUUUUAUAUAGUAAUUAUUAUAAUAUAUAUAUGGUAUUGUAGAUUCUAUUUAUAAAUAACUAAACGAAAUUGAUGUAUAAAUCAAUAUACAUAUAAAUAUGUUUAUAUAAUAUGUAUGUAUGUAUAUACAUAUAUUAUAUGUAUGAUUAUAUAUUUGAGACGACAUAUAUACAUUUUAUUAUUGUAAAUAGUUGUUCAGUUUUAAGAAAUAUAUAUGUUUCAGGUAA